GACUUCGAGAUCACGACUAGUGCCAAAACUCCAUCCGAAGUGGACGAGGCAUCCGACAGAAGUUCCAUCGAUGCCAGGAACCCCUUCAAAGAUCCCAAGGUCGCCGAAUAUUACCGCAAGUUGUACGAAGAAGCACAAUACGAAUCUCGCGAAGCUUUUGAUCCGGAAAUCGAAUGGACAGCUGCAGAAGAGAGGAGUCUUGUUCGACGAUUAGACUGGCACGUCUGUCUUUUCGCCUGCGUUAUGUUUUUUGCUCUACAGCUCGACCGAGGGAAUAUCUCACAGGCUCUGUCUGACAAUAUGCUUGACGACCUUAAUCUCACGACUAACGAGUACAACUAUGUGUUAAUCAUCAAUANNGGUCAAACUUUGUUCAAGCUGUCGUUCAUGGCUGCUGAGGUGCCUUCUCAACUCAUCUCUAAGAAGCUAGGUCCAGACAGAUGGAUCCCUAUGCAGAUGAUGCUUUGGUCUGCGGUCGCGGCCGCACAAGCCGGCCUCAAUGGCCGAUCCAGCUUCUACGUCUGUCGCUGCCUUAUCGGAAUCCUUGAAGGUGGCUUCAUUCCUGAUCUUGUGCUGUGGCUAUCGUACUUCUAUACUAGUACUGAGCUGCCCGUCCGGUUGAGUUUCUUCUGGACCGCACUCAAUCUGACCACUAUCGUUGCGUCACUUCUGGCGUUCGGCAUCUUCCACCUUGACAAUGCUCAUGGUAUUGCUGGUUGGAGGUGGUUGUUCCUCAUCGAGGGUCUUAUGACAUUUGCCAUUGGAGUGGCUUCUGUCUUCCUCAUGCCUGCUUCCGCCGUGCAGACCAAGACUUGGUUCCGCCCCAAGGGAUUGUUCACAGAUCGCGAGGUCAAGAUUGUCGUCAACCGUGUUUUGAGAGACGAUCCUUCCAAGGGCGAUAUGCACAACAGACAAGCAAUUACGCCAAGGCGUCUGUGGCAAUCUCUCUCGGAUUACGAUUUANUCUACGCACUUGGCUUGGUCGUCUUUAUCCCUCCUACCCCUGUCACCAAUUACUUGAGCUUGACCCUCAGACAUCUCGGCUUUAGCACAUUCAACACCAAUCUCCUCACCAUUGUGCCCAAUGCAGUCACCAUCAUCACAUUACUGAGUUUGACCUGGCUGAGCGAAAAAGUCAAGGAACGCUCCUUCAUCGCCGCCAUACAAAAUCUUUGGUUGUUGCCUUGCUUGAUUGCUCUGCGAUGGUGGCCAGGCUCCGGCACAGAUGUUUGGGGUACUUAUGCUUUGCUGGUCAUUCUUCUUGGAUACCCUUACUGUCAUGCUAUCCUCGUUGCGUGGACAUCGCGUAAUGCUGGUUCUGUCCGCACACGCACCAUCUCUGCCGCUGUUUAUAACAUGUCGGUGCAGGCAGGAGGAGUCAUUGGCGCGAACAUCUACCGCCAGGACGACAAGCCAUUAUACCAUCGCGGUAACAUGCAGAUUGUUGCUGUCAACUGCUUGGCCAUUGCGUUGUAUGCUAUUGCAAAGGUGUACUAUAUCUUCAGGAAUAAGCAGAGGGAAAAGAAGUGGGCGGCCAUGACUCAGGAGCAAAGAAACGACUAUAUCGAGAACACGACUGAUCAAGGCAACAAGAGGCUGGACUUCCGCUUUGCGCAC